CCCCUCUUCCUCCUCUGCAUACAUCUCCGUUCCGUGCAGUGGGAGGUUUCCCAGAGUUCCCCAGCUCCGCGCUCCGUCAGCGGGCCUCAGCACGCAGCCCUGCCGCCUCCAGGCUCCCGAGGGCCGCCUGCUUUCCUCUCCUCAUCCGUGGGACCCUGGGAGAGAUGCGACGCCCCAGAAGCGCACUCGGACACGCAGCGAGCACUCCACGGCAGCAGACCGCACCAGGCAUCCGCAGCAUCUGAGUUUGUGUCGUCAAAGGAAGGCUUCUCUCAGUCCUCACUAUGACCGAUGGGGAUUAUGACUACCUGAUCAAGCUCUUGGCACUGGGUGACUCCGGUGUGGGCAAGACCACCUUCCUGUACCGCUACACAGACAACAAGUUCAACCCCAAGUUCAUCACCACAGUGGGCAUCGACUUCAGGGAAAAGAGAGUGGUCUACACCGCGUCCAACCCUAACGGGACCACCGCAGGGAAAACCUUUAAAGUGCACCUCCAGCUCUGGGACACCGCGGGACAGGAGAGGUUCCGAAGCCUGACCACUGCCUUCUUCAGAGACGCCAUGGGCUUCCUGCUCAUGUUUGACCUCACCAGCCAGCAGAGCUUCCUCAACGUCCGCAAUUGGAUGAGUCAGCUGCAGGCCAAUGCCUACUGUGAAAACCCGGACAUCGUGUUGAUAGGAAACAAAGCGGACCUGGCAGAUCAGAGGGAGGUCCAGGAGAAACAGGCUAAGGAGCUGGCCGAUAAGUAUGGGAUCCCAUAUUUUGAGACAAGUGCUGCCACCGGGGUGGAGGUGGACAAGGCUGUCAUCACGCUGUUGGACCUGGUCAUGAAGAGGAUGGAGCAGUGCGUGGACAAACCUCCUGCUGAACCAGCCAAUGGGACGGGAGCGGCCAAGCUCGGUGCCCCACAGACCAAUGAGAAGAAGUGUGCAUGUUAGACAGCAUCAGGAAGCGACCAAUCAGCUGCUCCCCACCCCACCCUAGACCUGCCUACUUUCCAUUUAGCCUUGGUGCAUGUUUGUUUGUCCUUUGUCAUAAGGCAGUUCCCAGACAUAAUUUAAUUUUUACAACUAGUGCUAUAACAGUCCUAUUAUAUGCACAAAUGGGUAACAUCUAAUAAGCCAGUUAUUUCACACUGAGCAAGCAGACAGAUAUCAAUUGUGUAGUAGAAUUUAUCUAAAAAAGUAAAAAUGCACCUUGACAUAGUUUAUGAUUAACUAUAAUGAGGUGGGCCAAUAAUGGAUAUAAUGGGCCAAUCCACAAGACACGACAACUGCCCCAAACCUUACACUAGUAUUAAAACUGAUAACAUUAUUCAAAUGCCUAUAUUUUGUGUGCCUGUUCAACAAAUAGGGUUUAUUCUUUGAGUAUUUUAAGUAUGGACAUUUCUUUAAAAACUUUGACUCUCCCAUAGAGUUAUAUGUCCAGUGCUUUCCAAAUGAAAUUAUGACAUCAAAUGUAAUGUAUUUCACACAGAUUUUGAGAACUACUUCUGGGUCAAAUGUGGUGAUCUUGAUACAGAAUUGUGCUAAUGCUGGGACUGACCUCAAAAGAUGGAGGCAGGAUUUUAACCAUAGAUGAAUUCACAAAAAAUAAAUAAACCCCUUAGGUAUUUCAGGAAGUGUUGAAUGAUGAGCAAAAAUACUUGUACUUUUGUACUCUUCUGAACAGCUAAAUAUGUUAUGAAGUAAAGAUAUUUUGCUAAAUUUCAUACCUAAAAAUGAUAUUACAAAAUUAUAUUACUGCACUAUGACUUUUGCUCAUCUCAACAGAGAUAUUGCAUAACCUGGAAUGUCCCACAGUAUGGCAUUACACUCUUAUAUCUCCAUGGAGACAAAGAGGUGAAGUCAGUUACUGGUCAGAUCUGUGGUUAGAUGAUCCUCCUCACCACGAGAAUGCAUGUUUUUUCUAGUUUUUUUUUUUUUUUUUUUUUAGAAAUUAAAACUUCUGUAAUUGAAAAAAAGACUAUAAAAGAGUUGACCAGAAUAGGCCCUUUAAGCCCCAGUGACACUCUAGUAUGGUCUAGUAUGGUCUAGCCAGGACUGAACAGCCUCUCACUCAAGCAUAGCUAAAUCAAGUCAUACACAUUUCAAAUCUCAUUUAAGAAUCCAUGAUUUUACUUCAGGUUCCGGGCCCUCUUGCAUCCCGCUUUAGAAACUAUCCUGUUUUGUUGAGUGACAUGGCGCCCUCUACUGGACACACUGGGAACAUACAGUAGUUGCCACACUUAAUAAGCAAAACUUAUUUAAUUUCAUUUUCUUCUUUGUUCAACAUAUUAACCUUCACCCAUAAAUAACUGACUAAUCUGCACCAAAAUAUGUUUUUAUUUGCUUAUUUAUUUUUUGAUCCACUUAAUCACCCAUGGAGUUCUAUGGGGCAGUGUCACUUCAAAGGCUGUUAUCUCCAAAUUCAUUUUUCUCAUAGGGACAUAAGGACCCUCUUACCAGCAGCACCUACAUACACCAAACGAGACCUUACGACCUUACGAGACUGAAUUAGAUAAGCAAAUCCUUCUGUACGAUUCAAAGUCGGAUUUAGGAAAGUUUUAAUUCUUCCAAAAAUUAGGGCAAGUUUGAAUUUUUGCAAGAAUUUUUAUAUGAAAAGUUGUAAUAUUCUACAUAUAUUCCCAAUCCCUUACAUUUACAUAUGUAAACUACAGAAUAAGUUUAAUAUUUUUUUCCCUAUUCACAGACUGUGUGAAAUAUUUUUACCAUUAUAUGAACACUUGAGUUUAUGAUGCAUUUUGUGGAGUUGCCAAAGUUUGCAGAAUCUGCUUCCGGGACCGGUCUGUACCUUCAACAUUUUACAAGAGGGAUAGAGGGUCAUACAUACCGAUCCAGGCUAUUAAUACUCACUAUGAAAUCAUUUUCCCAACCACCACAGUCCAUAAAGUUUACAAAAUGACAUUCCAGGAGGUUGUACUGGCCAAACCUUUGUAGAACAGUUCUGUUUUGUCUUGAAUGUCCCAGAGUGAUGACCUCAUAUAUGUAUUCUAUAACACUGUAUUAUUAUUUUUGGAAACGUGUGGUUUGAUGCCUGGCCUUAAAGUGCUUUCAAUGUUUACACUGUGGCUGCAGCAUGGUGUGUGUGUGUGUGCGUGUGUGUGCCAUGGAGGUGCAUAAUAAAUGUCUUCUGAACUGCC